CUCAGUUUGGAUUUGGUUCCCGUUCCGUUCGCUUGCUCGUUCUACCAUUCUUCUUCGCCCCGUAGUAUUUCGUUCUUAUCUAAUUGCCAAUAGCCACGCGCGUUCGGUUAUUGGAGAGAGACACCGCGUUACGAAUAUCAGUGAUCAACAGUGUGAUAGUGUUUUUUGAUUUUGAUUUUAUUGAAAAAUCAAAUUUUUUUUUUCUCGAUCUUUUAUUUCUGGUGAUCAGCACGCAGAUUCUUCUUCUGGUACUGGAAGAUGGAGAGAAUAAUGCGAAUUUCAACUUUACUUCUCAUCUUAUUCGUCGUUCAGGGAUGGUCCAGACCCAACACGGAUUCUGAAAAUGAUUAUCCUGAAGAUGAAGACAUUUCCGAGGAUGAUUACGGCCCAUUAGAACCCAAUACUGAGGAUUCUCAGUAUAGCGCAGAACCACCGAAAAUUUUAUCUCAACCUAUGACCAUUACCGUAGUACUUGGCGACACUAUCGUAUUACCCUGUGUAAUGAAGGGCGCAGAUGCCGUCGAUGUUUCAUGGACGAGGAACAGCGAGCUCCUCUACAUUAACGAUAAUUCAUUUUCUACUGAACAAUCUAGAAUAAUAAAGGGUGACGACACCUUAGUAAUUCACAAUGCAACCGCCAGUGACGCUUCGGAGAAUUAUGUUUGUAAAUUGUCAACUAUUCCUGUCACUGAGAUUGUGCACAGAGUAUUUGUCGUACCUGAGAUUACACUGACGCCUUCGAAGCACACGGUAGCGAAAUACGGGGAGGAUGUGGAGCUUGGAUGCAAGUUUAAUCGGUAUCCGAAUAUGGAUAUCAAGUGGUCUUAUAAGGGAGAACGAUUGCCCAUUGGAGAUGAAAGUGUUCACGGAAAUAUCAUUAAGAUUCAUAAAGUAACCAGACAUCAUGCCGGCCGUUAUCAAUGUUUAAUUAAUGAUCACACAAAGACUCCACUUCAUGACUUCAUCGAGCUUGUCGUUAAUUAUCCACCGGAAGUCCAGGUGGAGCAGGAGGCUGUGCACACCGGCAUGGGAAAGGAUUCUCAACUUACCUGCAUCGUUCAUGCUCAUCCCCAUGCCAAUGUCACGUGGUUCAAGAAUAAGAAACAUAUAGACCCAAAGGACAGAAUUUUUAUGAAGAACAAUGGUUCGAAACAUACACUCGUACUUAAGCGUACUACGAAUGAUGACUUUGCCACGUACACGUGUCAGGCAUCGAAUGCAUUGGGCACUACUAGUCGAAAUGUUACUCUGACAGGAGUACCAACCAAAGCAAGAUUCUCUGGUGGAGAAGUUGCUAAUGACACCACUUUGAUUCUAAAAUGGCAGCUGCAAUCUUUCUCCCCGAUAACUGAAUACAAGCUGCAAUAUCGUCGCAAGGGUGAGAGUUCCUGGAUAGACGAGACGCCUAGAGUGAUAGACGGUAAAGGAGCCGGUGAAACACUCUACACAGUUGAGCAUCCAUUGAAAGAAUUGGAAUCUGGGGUAUACGAGGCGAUCCUGAUUGCAAAAAAUGAUUAUGGCUGGUCGGCAAAGGAGCCAGUCACGUUCAGUGGAGAAUAUGAAUCGGUAGAAAAACCAGAUUAUGCAACGGGCUCGGCUUCGUCAAGGCUGGUCUUGGGUUUCACACUUCUUCUAGUCGUUACAUCCUACAUCUCGUUGACGAAUCUUUAAUCAACUCGAGACAAAAUUUUAUGUAGGUAAAUUGCUGAAGCCAAAGCGUACACACCAGCUGGCAUCAUGGUGGAUAUUUUACUCUAAAGGGUACUGUGGUGCCUAACGAAAGUGCUCUUCGAUAAAGAAAAAUGGAAGAAACUCAGGCAUUGCGAUUACUCCUCAUUAUCGGUCAUCAAAGUUCUCAGGAGUUAUUCUUGAUGUCCCAGUGCGAAUAAACCCGGUGCAUUCCAUCUUCUCUUGGAAUGCAGAAAUCAGUCAGUGAGAGAAAGUACUUGAAGAAAAUUGAUGAUGACAAUCCAAUUGACUUGGUAUCUCUUAAAAAGUAUAUAAAAUUAUUUUACUAUAAAUUCUCGUUUAUCAUAGACGAUGACCGAUAGCGAGAAGAUUCAAGAGACAAGCGUAAUCAUGAGUGGAUACUAAUUAUGAAUGAUCCUAUAAUUAUAUAUAUAUCGAAUAGGGUGAAGACGCUAUGUACACGAGGGACGAGCUCCUUAAUCUCUCAUUGUAUUAUCUGGUGCUUAGAAUGCCGACGACAAUAACUUAAGGAUCUGCUAAGCUUUUCCAUACUACUGAAAUCGGAAUGAAUCGUGAGAAUCGAUCUCUAACGUUUACUGAUCAUUUCCCAUUAUUCUACCGUCACCUCUAGGUGUGCCAUUUUAUCAGCGUUAAGCCCACGGCGGCAUUUUAAUGAUAAACUACAAAGGAGCUGGUCCCCCACCCCAUCCCUCCACACCCUCUAUCCCCUCGUCAUAACCCACACGUUACUCCUAUUAUCCUUUCCCUUCGUUUAUGAGUCUAACGUAAGAGAUGCUAUACUUUAAAAUAUAUUUAUAUACACUUAAUACCUAUAUAUAACAUAUAGUAUUCACUGUACAUGAUAUAAUGGCCGACGAGAUGCUCGCGAUCAUUAUUAUUGUAAUUUAUUUUUUUAUGCUUAAGAAGAUCGAGAUCCGGGUCCUGGGACGGCUCUUUCUUCGUGCCAUUCUAUCCCUUCUGUCUUUGCUAGAUUCUACUCUUUCUCCACUUUACAUUAUUUUCCGGCGCACGAACGAGACCGUCCAUUUUGUCGUACGCUAAAUCCACGUACCUAUAUUUCUAAUUAAUGUUAACAGAGAGGAACGCUCAAGUUUUCUUUCGGCGUUCCUACGAUUAUAUAGUUAGCGAAUCGUUUGAUCGGAAACGCGAGUUUCGUCGUUAAAUUUUAGGAUAAUGUCAAAUUUUACGAAGUCUCGCGUAAUCCGGUAAGACCUUUCGGCUUUCGCAGUGUUACCUAAGAUGUGCAAAGUGAUGAAUUUACGAGUGACUGAGAAUUGCGCGAAUGUGUAUGAUAUUUCUUUAUUUUGUUCUCUUCUCUAUUCUAAAGCUAUGAAGUUUUUUUUAUCGCGCUCCUUCCCGGAGACCUUCCAUUUUUAUUUUUGUCUUCUCUUUUUAUGUUAAAUCUCGGUCUAAUCUUUAUUUGAUAUAUCAGCAGCCGGUAGUUAUGCAAUUUUUAUUAGUGAAAGGAGCAAGUAUCGCCUUAUUACAUAUCUACAUUUCAGUGGAUAAAAAAGGGAUACAUUUUUGGAGAAAAAGAAAAGAAAUAUUUCUGGAAAUUCUUGGUACGUUACUUUAUCCGUAUACGACAGUCACAAUUGUACUUAUUGUGCACAGAUGAAAGAAAUUUGCGUUUCUCACGGGUUAUCAGGAAAUAUCUUGCAUUGCUAUACCUAUUGGAGAAGUCGAGAUUUCUAAAAGGAAGAAAAGAAAAUCUGUAUCGAUUAUCAUUUUUCUUAUCUCUGCGAACUGCGAUGUGUGAUAGUCGUGCGAAUAAGCGUUAUCGUGUUAAAUGUAACUGAAUGACAUACAUUAUUUUUUGGAAACUAUAUCUUAAAGAAAACUACAAUGCUGUGGCUGAUUAUCAUGUGUACAGCUUACUGUUGCCUUAAUUAUUGUAACGUGUACAAUCAAAAUGAAAGAAAAGAAUGAAAAAAUUGCGAAUGCAAAGAAACGAUAUCACGUGACGAUCGAACGGUACAAUCAAUUGAUUGAUCGUUGUUUUUUGUGGUAAAACAUAAAUAAAUGAAUUAUAACACGAAUAUUAAUGAAA